ACCUACAUUUUGGUAAAGUCGACGCAUUUCUCUCGUUUCUUCUCGCUUGUUCUCACUCUGCGUUCCACCAGCUUUUGCGGAUCGUGGAACACUUCUCGUUGCUAGCCUCCGUAUUUAUAUAGUGAAGGAGGCACUUUAUCACAGAUAAGAAGAGCGUCAGUAGUAUCCGGUACGUGUGCGGGCAUCAUCACAGUUGGCCCCACAAAACUUGUUAGUGGAAACUAAACAAAAAGUUUACCUAUCCCAGCUAUUCCGAUUAAAGUGCAGUUAAUAAGGGAAUCAAUCGCUCAUGGCAUAUGGAAACACUCUAUCUAAUCUUAGGAUUAGCAAGGGGAGCCAUGAAUGUCAAUAAUGCUAUGUCUGUCUGAAAGACGGGCCUGUGGGAUCUGUUUGCGUAUUUGUUGUCCCGUGACUUUUCGUGAUUCCAAUGACAGAAUCGCCAUGGCAGUGAGAUCAGCUGGUCUGCUCUUGUGGCUGUGUGUUCCCAUCGUCUGGUGUCAACGAAUUAUUGAUCUAAUUGACGUUCCUGACGAUUAUAACCCUCGAAUUCCCCCAUCUCUGGCGGAAAAUGGAACUCGAACCAUUGUAUCCUUCAAUUUCAUUGUCGAAGACAUCUUAGAAGUGAACGACAGGAGUUUUUCUAUGACAAUUGAGUUGAAAAUGACAAUGCAUUGGAACGAUGCUAGGUUACAACUCAAGCCAGGGAUCUUUGAGGAGCAUUUGUUGGAGGAGAAUCUUGUCCUUGAUUCCAACUUCGUUGACAGCAUCUGGUCCCCUAACUUUUCCAUUGGCCAUCUCAUCAGCUUUGACAAAUUACAGACCUUAAAGCCAGCGGACUUCGUUAUGGCCAUCCCACAUUCGCUGACCGAGCUCUCGCUCAUCCAGGAGGGCACAUAUGUCAUUAGAUUGAAAUGCCCCUUGGAAUUCAACACUUUCCCAUUUGAUAAACAUAGAUGCUUCUUUGAGAUCUACGUCGAGAAGCCCGACACGUCGAUCCAUGUUCAAUAUCAAAAUGAUGAUUCUGCUUCUUGGGGCUGGGCCGCCACCACCACUACUCUGGAUUAUCAAACCAAUUUUAAACCACUGGAUGAGAAGCACAUGAUGAGAGAGAUGCGUUUCAGCAAUGGUACCUUUAUUCCAGUGUCAAUUUCCGGGUUUCAAAUCGAAUUGAAACGAAAAGUCAAUUAUUACAUCUUCAACUAUUUUGUGCCCUCCAGCCUGUUUGUGGCUGUUUCGUGGGUAAGCUUCAUCAUUCCCCCUGAGAGUAUUCCUGGUCGAAUUGCUCUUAUCAUCACCACCUUGCUCGUUCUGGUCAAUAUUGCCAAUACGGUAUUCGCCAUCUCACCGGCUGCGGACGCCAUCAACGCCCUGCAAACUUGGAUUUUGGCCUGCAUCUGCUUUGUGGUAUCCACUGCGAUCGAAUAUUCCGUGGUCCUUUUCAUCACGCGAAGACAUCGACGUAGAAAAUUGUUAACUCUGAUGCACAUCAAGAAUCCUGCUCAAAUGGGAUCGCUUCUGUUUCUGAAGAAACCCGUGGUGGAGACGAACAACACCUCAUCCCAACCGCAUUCCUCGGCUAAUCGCUCGACCACGCCCAACGAGGCUGACAAUGAGAGAGCAAUGAGUCAACGGAGUUGUCAACCACUGGAGAGUCAAGAAGAAGAGGCAGAUAGGAUAUUGGAAGCUAAAAUUGCCAACAUGGACUUCAUUUUCAUUCUGAUCUUACCCGCGGCUUUUGGGGUGUUCAACAUAUUUUAUUGGAUUAUGCUCUACUCAAUUUAAAUGAGAAUUUGCUAACUCAAUUUCAAUGCAAAUUUAGCGCAUUGAAAUACAUUCCAAAUAAUGUACCGAAA